CUUGAAUUAUUAAAACAAUAUAUUACUGAACUUAAAGUUGAGAAUAUAGAUCUUAGAAGAAAAUUUUUAAUGUUUGAUGCUGAAAUAGCUGAACUUAAGUAUAGGAAUAUUGAGUUUUUAAGAACAAAUAAGAAAUAUAAUAAGAGACAUGAUGUCAAGAUAAAGAAAUUGAAGCAGAAAAAUGCAAAGCUUAAAAUUAGACUUGCAGUAAUGAAAAAGAGUUUUAUGAUAAUGGAUGAACAAUCACAAAAUGAUAAGGAAGCAAUAUUAGAGAUGUUAUCAGAA